GCUCUCUGCCUCCAGCCCCACAUCAUCUGCGCGACGCCCGGUCGUCUCCUGUUCCAUCUUCAAAACACCAAGGGCUUCUCGCUCAAGAGCCUCAAGUACCUCGUGCUCGACGAAGCCGACCGCCUGCUCAACAUGGACUACGAGGAGGAAAUCGAUCAAAUCUUGGCCUGUCUGCCCAAGGAGCGCCACACGUAUCUGUUCUCGGCAACGAUGACCAGCAAGGUCAAGAAGCUCGAACGCGCCUCGCUCGCGAAUCCCGUCAAGAUCUCCGUCUCCUCCAAGUAUUCGACUGUGGACACUCUUCUUCAAAACUACGUCUUUGUGCCGGAGAAGUUCAAGGACUGCUACUUGGUCUACCUCUUGAACGAAUUCGUAGGCAACUCCAUCAUUGUCUUCGUGGCCACGUGUAACACUGCACAGCGUGUGGCGCUGAUGCUGCGAAAUCUGGGCUUCGAGGCUCUCCCGAUUCACGGCAAGAUGUCCCAGUCCAGGCGCAUCGGCUCGCUCAACACCUUCAAGACGGGUGACCGCAACAUCCUGCUGGCGACCGACGUGGCGAGCAGAGGUCUCGAUAUCCCCUCCGUCGAUCUCAUCAUCAACUACGACAUCCCGCUCAACCCCAAGGACUACAUUCACCGAGUCGGAAGAACCGCGCGAGCCCAGAGGGCCGGUCGUGCGGUGUCGGUGGUGACCCAGUACGACAUCGAGUUCUUCCAGAAGAUCGAGCAGCUGACGGGCCUCAAGACUGGAGAUGUUCCCUACGGAGCGGGAGCACGUGAUGCU